CGUCAAUCUUGUUAUACAUAUAAUAUAAAUUCACAUCUACAAAGUCUGGAUCCUAUUGACAGUAUUUGCUUGACAGUGAACUGAUCCGUACUGACCUAUAUUAAAAAUGGAGGAACUUGACAAGACUCAAUUGACCCUUCUGAAGAAUGCCUUCGACGCCUUCGACCACGAGAAAAAAGGAAUUAUCAGCACAGACAUGAUUGGCACCAUCCUGGAGAUGUUGGGGCACGAGAUCGAUGAUGAAUCGUUGAAGGACAUCAUUGCAGAAGUUGAUGAAGAUGGUUCUGGAGAAUUGGAGUUCAACGAGUUCUGUAAGCUGGCAGCGCAGUUUCUUACAGAAGAGGAGGAACCGGACAGUGAAGCCAUGACGGCCGAGCUCAGAGAGGCCUUCAGAUUAUACGACAAAGAAGGUAAUGGCUACAUCACGACAGACGUGCUGCGUGAGAUUUUCAAGGAACUGGACGCUUCGAUCCCGAAGGAUGACCUGGACGCCAUGAUUGAGGACAUUGACUCUGAUGGCUCGGGCACUGUUGACUUUGAGGAGUUCCUUGAGGUCAUGACUGGUGAAUAAUUUCCUGUUAUUAGUUAAUUUAUUAUUUUUAAUUUAUAUUUAUAAUUUACUAUAGUGUUAAAUAACCUAAGUGAUAUUUAGUUUAAGUUUCGACCAAAAUUCAAAUUUACUGAGCCUUUGCUUCGUUGAAGGCACUGGAAGGUUGAAUUUUGAUGAUACCUUUUAAUGUAUUUAUUAUUAGGUACUUUAGUUAUUUGUAAAAAAAUGAAAACCUGCGAGCAGUUAGAAAAAUAUUUUAAUAAAUAAUGAAAAAAUCAA